AUGCUUCCUGGGUAUGCCAAUCUUCCAGUCCCAUGUCCCUUGACCGGGUCUAACUCCCAUAAGGUAGACGUCCCAGUCGUUGGGGACCAUGGGGCUAUCGGUGCAUGGAUCGCUGCGUAUAAGUGGGAAAGAAACGCCCGGCAUCUCAUCCAGGAGGGCUACGAAAAGCAUCGGGACUACGCAUUUCAGGUUGCCACGCCCAGCCGCUGGGAGGUUUGGAUCUGCAAUGACCAGAUGGUCAAGGAAUACAAGAAUCUGAUGGACGAGGACUUCUCUGCCAACGCAGUAACUGCCGACCUCUUCCAGACAGCAUGGACUCUUCCAGGUGCAGCAGAAAACGUCCAUAAAAUUCCUAUUCCAUUGCUUCACAAGGGCUUGACGUGGCAACGGGGUCGAUCACUCGCCAAGGACGACCCAUACUUCCAACAAUUCGUCACGGAAUUUUUUCAUGCAUGGGAAGUCGAAACCAAUAUAACGGGGGACGGAUGGAACGAGCUGUGCUGCUACGAGAUCGGCACACGGAUUGUGGCGCAUCUUACCGCGAAAUCGCUCGUCGGAUAUCCGCUCUGUCGCGAUCCUGAGCUCAUCGACCUCUUUGCGGCGUACGGGAACGCAGUGCCCAUUAGCGGGUUCUUUAUCUCCAUGUUUCCCGAGUUUAUGAAGCCUUUCGUCGCCCGAUUCUGCCAGGCCCCCAAGAUGGCAAGCCGAUUGGACCAGAUGUUUCUGGACGAGAUGGAACGAAGAGCCGCGGACCCUCCAAAGGAGCCAGGUGACAUCAUGGAUUGGACAUGGCAGUAUACGGAGAAGAAUGAGCCGGGCGUGUAUCAAAGAGUCCACAUUGCCCGCUCCAUCACGUCGUCUGUCUUCGGUGCCAUUCAUACGACAACUCAGGUUCUCGCUCAUUGCCUCUUCGAGCUCGCCGUACGAUCGGAAUACGUUGAUCCUCUGCGACAGGAGGUUGAACAAGCAUUCGAGUCGCACAAUGGCUGGACAAAAAGCGCGAUCGAGUCAAUGCCCAAGCUCGAUAGCUUCGUGAAGGAGUGCCAGCGGUUUAACCCUCUCGACUCUGGCUCGCUCGCCAGACGCGCGACCCGAGACUUCGAAUUUAAAAACGGUUUGAAAAUACCACAAGGGACGUUUGUAUUCUCACCGAAUGCUCCUGUGCUGUUUGACGAGCGGUACUAUCCCAAUGCGAGCGAGUUCGACGGAUAUCGCUUUUACAAACUCGGCCUGGAAACCGGGAAGCCUGCGGAUCACAAGUUCGUCUCGACUAACCCCAGGUAUCUCCAGUUUGGGGAUGCAAGACAUACCUGCCCCGGCAGGCAUAUGGCUGCAGACGAAAUCCGACUCAUGCUUGCGCAUAUUCUAAGAAACUAUCACAUAUCUACCAAGGAUCAUGGGCCCAGGCCGGGCAAUUGGUUCUUUAAGAAGAUUCUGUUCCCAGAUAUGAGCGGUUUGGUUGUAUUGAAGCCUCGGCAGGCUGGGAAGAGAGGGGAUGUGGUGGUCUGA